AUGUCAUAUCUUCGAGAACUAGAUCUCUCAGGAAAGGUGGCUGUCAUUAGUGGCGCAUCUCGAGGUAUCGGCCGCGCCAUCGCGUCCAACCUCGCUUCUCGAGGAUGCUCUAUACUUGGAACAUGCACCAAUGAUGAGAGUGUUGAGUCCUUAUCAACUGGUCUCAACGAUGAGAUCAUAGAGCGCGUCUACAAGGCAUCAUCACGAGAUCGACCAGACAGUCAAAAGAUAAGAGGAAUUAUUUCCGAUGUCUUCUCGGAUCGAUGCGCAAAAACCAUUGCGGAUGCACUCAGAGACGACUUCAACGGUCGGGUGGACAUUUUCGUCAACUCCGCUGGUGAUCCAAUGCCUGGUACUAUAGGCAGCAUGGGCACUGAUGAGAUACAGCGAAGCCUCUUGGGAAACAUCCAAACGCCAGUUUUGAUAGUUGAAGAGCUUGUUCGAAGGAAAUACUUCCAGCCCAAUAGCCGUAUCAUCUACAUAUCUUCCAUUCGAUCGCGUCUUCCAUGGGCUGACCAACUCAUGUACGCUGCUGGCAAAUCUGCCGGCGAAUCACUAUGCAGAACUUGGUCCCAAGCGUUUGGUGGAAAGGACGAGAGAUAUUCAUUCAUGGCGGGUACGACGGUCAAUGCUGUUACAGCUGGCUUGACGCAGACGGAUGCUGUUAUGGAUUGUGGACCGGAGGCGGUUAAGAGAUUUCAGGACGAGUUCUUCCCUUUACAGAGUAUGCCUCAAUUUGGACAGCCUGAGGAUGUCGCAGAUGUUGUAGGAAUGCUUUGUGGACAUGACGGAAGAUGGAUCACGGGGUCUGUUAUUAGUGCUAGUGGAGGCUGUAUCAAGAUCGGGUGA